UGGGUUCUGCGACUCUCUUUUUAUUCUCUUCUCCCCCUUGCGAACGUGGACUUGUUGCUGCCGUUUGAGCUGGACCGUUGACGACGGCCCGCUCGCUCCAAGGGGAACCUGGGAGUCCCCGAUCCCCGCCAUUCUCACCACCAACGUUUGUCGGAUAUCGACAUUCCGCUCAACCUUCCGCCAUGGACCCUCACGAUCCCAACUACGGCAGCCACCCGUCGCAGUCCAUCCCCAACGCCGCGUACCCGGACUCGGCGUACCAGCCCAGCCAUGGCGGCUCUGAUAAACCGGCCCAGGGCGUCAGCUCGUCGCCCGUGAUGGGGAUGGGCAUAUCGCCCGUGUCGUCGCAUCCGCAGCUUCAACAACACCACUCAUACUCACCCUCGCAGCAGUCGCACCUCGCCGGAUUCUCACACCAAUCCUCCCCUCGCAGCAGUCGAAUAGCGCCCUCACCAUGGGGCGUCUCCGGUCCCCAAGGCGUCCCCAUACCGACCGGCCCGCCUCCGCCCUACGACCCGACGCAACCGCCGUCCUCAUACUCGCCGCUCGACAACACAUCGUCAUCGCACUCGCCCUCACGGCCCGCCGACUUGCAUGUCCAGCCCACACCGCCGGCAUCAACCCAUUACCCGCCGUCGCUCUCCUCGGCCCAGUCCCCGCACCCGCCGUCGCCAAACCCCUACAGCACCGCCGGGUCCAGUUUAGAGAACGGGUCGAAUAAGCUUGGUCCCAUAGCCGAGGCCCGGCGCCGCAAGAAGCGCAAGGCGAAGAUCUGCGUGGUGGCGCUGUGCGCAGUCAUCUUGUUCAUGGUUGCUCUGAUCGUGGGCGUGGCGCUGGGCGUGCUCAAGGUCCAGUUUAAGGGCGGUAAUGACCAUGGCGGCCCUGAUAACAUCCAGGACUAACGGAGCCUUCCGCGAGGAUGGAUGUCUGGGAGGAUCAUGGCCUGGAAGACGAGACG